AUGGGCCAGCCAUCCGAUCUGGAUGCCAAGAUUCAAAGUCGUCUACGUCCUGCCGCUGGAGGAUAUGGCAGCGGCUACACAUGUCCAAUCUGCGAGAGAUGGUUUCAGGCAUGGCCCAAGGCAUGGAAGCACGCCAAGGAGGCUCACCAAGACUUUUUCGAGGACAUAGGGUCGACAGAGGAGGUUGAGGCAAAAAAGAGGUUUCAGGCUACAAAAAAGCAGAAGCAGCCGGACCCUAGUGAGGUUGCAAUCAGUCCAGCCCAGUCGAAGCCUUCCUCCGUUGGCAAUCGCAUUACGCCCACCAUCGAAGGAGAUCUGAGGCCCUAUCCUUCUAAUCGACCUAAUUCUGCGCCGGGCGACGGACAAGGAGAUGGAAAGAGAAUCGAUGACUUUGGACAUCUUACGAUUGGCCAAAGGCGAGCCACAGGCACACAUGAUAGACUUGGGGAUGAAAAACCUGUUCUAGAGAGCAAUCCACGUAAAAGGGGAGCGGAAGGCGAGUCUGGCUCGCCAGUGCUACAACCAUUAGCUGCACAAAGACCAAUCUCCAUGCUUGCGAGGGCGCGCCAUGCGAAAAGCGGCUCUCGUGGAUUCUCGAUUGGUAAGGAGGAGUCCGAUCUCAACCGGCAGCAAGCGACUGAGAACGACCCGGAAUUCAAACGCGGUGCCCCUGGGUCAAUCAAGCCACUGUGGGAUCCGAAUAUAGAUGACCCUAACACACGUAAAGCUGCCCGAAGAGAUAGGCAGCCUGGUCAUGUAAACAAGCCCCCUCGGCGUCCACAUCCUUCAAGGGAGCCCAGGUCCAAACCAAAGAAGCCAGACGUUGUUGAUGAACAGCCGAACGUUGCGGAUACUCGGGAACAGACCAUGUCUACUGAGCCCCAUGUCACUCAUUUUGAUAGUUCAAGAAAAACUAGGAUUUUAGCAAAGAAAGAGCCACCGCCUUCCGAUGGCGACUCUCCACCCGGAGAUGAACCGUCUGAAGGCUCGGAAGCUGAACCUGAGAUGCUCCUACAGCCCGACACCAGGCCUAUUUCUCAUGAGCAGCUUGUAGUGGAAGUGAAGGGUAUCUACGCUGGUUUGGUCAUGGUCGAAGCUAAAUGUAUAGACAUCGACGAAAGGCAGUCGGCUGCCGCCCAGGAAAAGGACCCAUCCAAAAAGAUCGACUUAAAGAAUGAUCAGUGGCAGUCACUCAUUGCACUUCAUAAACAACUUUUACAUGAGCACCACGAUUUCUUUCUGGCAUCGCAGCAUCCUUCUGCGAGUGCAGCUCUAAGCAGGUUAGCAGCUAAAUACUCCAUGCCAGCUCGAAUGUGGCGACACGGGAUUCACGCCUUCCUCGAGGUCUUGAGACACAGGCUUCCACAGUCACUGGAGCAUAUGCUUGCCUUCAUUUACAUAGCAUACUCGAUGAUGGCUCUACUUUACGAAACGGUAUCCACCUUCGAAGAUACUUGGAUCGAGUGUCUUGGGGAUCUAGGAAGGUACAGGAUGGCCAUUGAAGAUGAUGAACCCAAGGACCGCGAGGUUUGGAGCAACGUAGCCCGUUUCUGGUAUAACAAAGCAGCUGACAAGAGCCCAAAUGUCGGCCGGCUUUAUCAUCAUCUGGCCAUCCUUGCUCGCCCUUAUACCCUCGAGCAGCUAUCGCUUUACACCAGGUCCUUGACUUGUGUCACUCCUUUCGAAAGUGCCAAAGGAAGUAUCAUGACCCUCUUCAAUCCCAUUCUCAACGGCAAAGAAUCAGCAACCCGUCGAUCCUCAUUCGAAACCAUCUUCAUUAGAGCACAUGGGAUUCUCUUUACUAAAGGCCCCGCUGAUCCUUCGGACCGAUUCGAUAGGGCCAUCAUGGAACUUGAAGCCGACGACCUAUUAGAGAAUUACAUUACGAAGACUGCUGCCAGGUUCAAGGAAGCGGGAGUCUUUGCUGCUGUUGCGAAUAUUGCUGCGUUGUUCGAAUAUGGCAUUGCCAAACACGGAGUACCAAAGCCAAUCCUUCGCUUGGCAUUUGAGGCCUCUGAAAAUGCUAAUCAAGUAAAAGACGAGCAAUUCGGGAUAUCAGAUUUUGACGCUUUUAUGUCAUGUUCUCCCGGACCAUCCGUCGAAGUGGUUACGCUGGCUUCCAAAAUUGCUUUCGGAACAUUGAGCAUUUCUCUAAGACGCCCCGAGGACCCAAACGUUCAUCCCUUAGUGCAUGUAUACCUUGUAUUCCUUCGAACCUUUGUUGGUGUCGAACAGGCCAUGAAGUGCAUCGAAACCUCCGUUCCGUGGAAUGGACUCUGCACCUUCCUCAAUUUUCUAUCUACACCGUCUCGAGCUGCGGAUCCCAGCUUCCGUUCCAAAGACUUUCCGGAACCAGAGGAAGGACCUGGACGCCCACUCCCCGAGGAUUUCGUUAUGCGGGGCCAGCUGUACAGCCAGUGGUACUUUCCAGAGGCUUGGUUUACGGAUGCGAUGAUCGAUGAUGAUGAACGUACAUUGGAUUUGCCAUCCAUGGCUAAGCCGCGUGCAGACAGGCUCUUUUGGCUUGGGCACAGCAUAGCUUCUGCUAAGAAAUGGAUACACUUUGACGAAGUGGGCAGAUGCUUCUCGCCUACGGCUUACGCCAACGAGAUUUGUGAAUGCUCAACGGCGGAGACUCUGUCGGAUCAGAUUGAGAUAGAAUCUCAAACAGAAGCAGAUUCCAACGACGAAGACAGUACGAUGGAAGAUGCGGGUACCAUUCCCGAGACACCUCGAACCAUGAGUCUCGCUCUGUCCGACUCCCAGGCUGCCUCAGAAGAGUCGACGCGAGCAUCGACCCCAACGGAGAAUCGCACUGAAGAUGUCCCUGCCUUUGAGCGAGACGAUGUUGCUGACGAUGUUACGAUGAAGGACCUUGGUCCUGAAAAGGCUAUAUUAGCAGGUACUGCGGAUGAGGUUCGUAAUCCAAAGGCUGCUUCAUGGCCAUCAAGUACUGUCAUCCACCCCAGUUCACCACCUUGGAAGGCAGGAAAGACUAAACAGGAACCGGUCGAUUAUGCCUCGGAUCCCCAGAAACUUGAAGAGCUGCUCAGGCUCAAUGAGCCAGACUCUUCUGAUUUGUAUAAGGCAUGA